AUUCUGGGUGUUUUUCUUUUUCCUCCUUUCUUGCUGGGUUUUGUCUGUAGAGAUCGAUAUUAGGAAUGGAGGAGAAAAUUUUUGUGUGAUUUCAUGAUUUUUUGUGUUUGAGUUUGUGCCUAGUUUCAAUACUUUUCAAAGUCUUGCUCUUUGAUCGUCAAAUGGGAGGAUAGAGUCUGGUCUUAGUCAUGGGUUCUCACUCAGAUUUCUUUUGGUCAUUAUAACUGUUCGCUUACUAUGUGAAUCACGAGACCAGAAAAAUUUGGGUUUCUUCGAUUUCUUCCAGCUUUCUAGAUUAAAGCUUUUUCUAACCUUGAAAAUCUUUGAGGUUGCUGCUUUGAUUUAUGUUUGUAUUAUUGUCUUUCUUUACUUGUAUAGCUUCGUUCACAACCUAGGUAGCUAGCUCCUUUAUUCUUUGCAAGUUCUGUUUAUGCCAAUAAAUUCUUUCAUUUAAUCUCUAUUAUCAUAUGCUUAGCUCUUUGUAGAUUUGAUUGCUGGUGGUAUGGUAGUGGAUUGUGGUUGCUGAAAGUCUAAAUUUUGAGCACUUUUUCUGCGGCUUGCCCACAUAAAAUAACGGUUACCUGGAUACUUUUAGAGUUUCAACAUCAUCUUUGCUUGCAGGCUGAUGGAUGAAGGUUCUAGUGGGGUUGCUUGAUCUUGAAAAAAACUACCUAGUUUGCUAGCUCCUUUGUUGCAGCUGGAGGCUGUGCGUGGUGAGAGUGCUUUGUGGUGGGGUUUGGAUUAGAAAGAGAAAGAUAAAAGGAGAGAGUAAGAUACCUGUAGUAGUGUUAUAUAUGCUGAAGGCUAACAGGUUAAAGAUAAGGCCCAGUGGAAGUGGAAGAGAUAAUAGUAGUAAGAGUAGUUACGGUGAAGCUUGUGACUGUUUCAAAAACAGCACAAGAAGAGAGAAGCUUAGCAUCAGAUGUUAUCCAUUGAAAACCCUCCACCAGAUCCCCCAUGUUCUUGCCAAUUUCCGCAACUGAAUAGUAGUAGUGAUGAGAGGGCUUCUCUUAAGCUUCCCUUGCCAGAGGUAGAUCUACCAAACCCACCCCUUGAUCAUCAUACCCCACUUCCCAAUUUCUCGAUAAGAGAUUAUGUAUUUACGGCCCGGAAUAAAGAUAUCAGGAAGAAUUGGCCUUUUUCUCAGAAAAAUUUGCAGCUUUGUUUGAAACAUGGCGUGAAGGAAUUGUUACCACCAUUUCAGCCUCUUGACUCAGUAAGGAACCAGUCCCUUAAGAGAUGUACGGUUGAAACUACUUCACAUGAGAAGCAAAACACAAGCAGUUUUAAUAAGGAGCAGCCAGACAAUCAUGUCGCACUAGAUUCAUCUGAUGAAGGCCAGUUGAAUAAUAAGCUAGCAGAAUCUUGCUUAGACGUUAGUUCAUGUAGAUCUGGAGAAGAAAAUGAUUUCCCAUCUACAACAACAAGUGUGUCUCAAUCUGAGAUAGAGUCGCUUCCUGAUAACAGGCAAUCUAGCUCACUGUUACAGAUUGAGACUUCAAGGAAAAACUCAAUUGCAGUUGAGGCUGCGGGACCUUCUGGGAAUAAGAAGACUGAGAGCACCUCCAGGCCAUUGAGCAAGAAGUGCAGGUUGAUAGUGAAAUUUGGUGGCAACUCUGAUCGUAACUCAACUGAAGAUAUAGCUUCUAAUUCUACUACUGUCUCAGAAACAAUGGCUUCCAAAGUUUGCCCUGUUUGCAAAACCUUCUCGUCCACAUCUAACACUACUUUGAAUGCUCACAUCGAUCAGUGUCUUUCAGUGGAGUCAACACCCAAAUGGACAGCUGAUUCUAAGCUAACAAGACAUAGGUUUAAGCCGAGGAAAACAAGGUUGAUGGCGGAUAUUUAUAUGACAGCUACACCAUGUACAUUAGAAGAACUUGAUCGAAGAAAUGGUACAAAUUGGGCCACAAUUUCAAGCAUGCCUACUCAAGAAACUGAGAAGACUGAGACUACUAAUGAAGGGAAAAAGCACAGGGUGUCACAAGUUCAUCCUGAGGAUGCUGGUGAUGUAGGUCCCGUUUAUAUUGAUGCAAAUGGCACCAAACUUAGGAUUUUAUCCAAGUUUAGCGACCAACCUUCAGUUUCCAAAGUAGGGGAAGAUAUUGGAGCAAGGAAACCUUUGAAAGGAGACAAAGGAAUCAAAUACAUUGCAAAGAAGAAGAAAAAACGGCUCGCACAAAAACAUCUUAAGUAUUUGAAACUUGCUCCUCAAAGCAAGAAAAUUUUCUCCCACAAGGCCCAUGGCUCCCAGAUUUCUGGAGGUCAACAAGAAUGUAAGAGAGAAGCUAGAAGUUUUGAGAAAGAACAUCUAAUGUCAAAACAAACCAAAUCCAGUGAUUCUGGGACUUUAAGACCAUGGGUUUGCUCCAAACGAAGAGAUUUUACAAAGAAGAUUACUAGUCAAGAGGGCCAUCAACCUGUGAAAUGUAAUUGGCAUUUGCCUGGGGAUUUUCUGGUUGACAAUGGUCAAUCAUUUUUGGGUGAUUCUCUUGCGGAGAGGAAUCAUGUUCAGAAAUCUACCAAUCAGUCUGAGAGUCCUACAUCUCCUGGAAACAGUGAGAGAAUGGAUAAGUUAUUUCUUAAAGUCCAAGUUGGCAACAAGAACGAGCAAUCUCCUGGUGGAAACAAAGUGAGCAAUCUCUUGGUGGAAGGCAGGACCAGUGACAAUUUGGAGAGCUCUUCUCCAUCAAUUAAAGCAAAUUCCAAUCAAUUGGGCAAAAGUGACACUUCAGUGCACGCUAGUUGUAUGCUGGGACUUUCAAGCUUCUCCAGGAAUCAUGCAUUUUUGCUGAGCAAGAAGAUAGUUAGUACUUGCAAAGAUACAAACAAAAAUCCUGACAUUUCUUGCAUUGCUAGCACAAAAUCUCCACGGAAUGCUCAUGCUGUUGUAACAAAAGCAAUGAAAUUCUCCUCCUUUAGUAAGAACUUGUCUGCUAAGGGCCGGUCUUCUGUGACUGAAUCUGUGCCUGGUAAAAUUAAGAAGUGGUCAGCCAUUAAGAAUUCUCAAGUGCGUUUCAUGAAAAAACGAGAAGAAGGGGCAGUGACUUGGGAUUCUGAAGUUGAUCAAUACUAUGAUUUGAUGCAUGGGGAUGCAGAAAAUCAAGUUGAAAGAGAAGAAAUAGCUGAUGAGGAGUCUCAUGAGAGAAGCAAUGUCCUGGAAACUAGGCAAGCAAGAGGAUUAUCAUGUAUUUCUCAAGGGGAGGAAGCAUUGGCUUUGAGGAGCUCAAAAUCUGCAACUUCAUGUUAUUAUCAUGAUGAGCGGGCAAAUGCAGAUUCUUCAGUUGGAAUUGGUAAUGAUUUGCUGCAGAAAGUUGAUUACAUAGACUCUGGUAGAAAACAGGUUCAUGUAUGUGCGGAGUGCAUUGUUGUUGAGCCGUCUUCCAAAACUUCUGAUGGCAGGAGCGGAAGCAGCUUGAUUAAGCCGGUAGACUCAGAAUUUUACAAGCCCAGCAAUUCCUUGGAGGUCCAAUCUAAUUCUCUUCAAUCUGUUGAAGAUUACAGAGGGCUUUUAUGUGGGAAUGAAGCACCAAGAGUUCCAACUGAGCCUGAUUUUGUCAAUGAUCAAGAGAUAUUUUCUGCUGAUGAAAUUGGCAAUGAUAUGGUGGCACAAGAUGCUGAUAUAGGGGUGGAGUUGGAUUCAGAAGUUGGGCAAGGGAGCUCUUUUCCAGAGGUUGAUCCAAUACCUAUUCCAGGACCACCAGGGUCUUUUUUGCCGAGUCCUAGGGAUUUUGGCUCAGAAGAUUUUCAAGGCAACUCUUCUCUUACCACAAGCCGGGUUCAUUCUUCUCUGGAUCAGCAUGAUGUGGUUGAUGGACAUUCAUCUGAUUCGCCAAUGUCUGCAGCAUCCACCAUCUCUAACUCUACAGCAGGUAGAUCUGAUUUUAACCAUUCUGAACCAUCAUCAUCGGUGGGACCUUAUGUUGUUAAAGAGAAGAUUGGGUCAACUGGUGCUAGUGUUGAGCCUUCAGUGCAAAGUGCUGGUGCUGUUCCACAGGCAACAGGUGCCGAAGUGGAAAGAACUACUUUGGAUGGAGAAUAUAUGAAACCUGACAGAAUCUAUAUUGAGAAGGGCUCUCUCAAUUUCAGGAAUGAUCAGCCAUGCUGUUGCCAAAGGAAGGAGAGAUUUUCUCAGGGUGUUGCUUUAAAUUUUCAAAAUUCACAACUAUUGAGACGACGAAAAAUGGCUUCAGUGACUGUUCCUGCUAGUGGAAAGCAUAUGGAUUUCAACUCCAGCCUAAGGCCUGCAGAUUUGGAUAUGCGACCUGAAUUGGUUCCUCCAAGCAGUUGCACAAAUUCAGGAUCAGAGAAGGUGGUUCUCCCAGUUAUUAAGCCCCUUGCAGGUCCCAUUCCUUUUAAGGAUUCUUCCAAUCCAGGAGUGAGGUUUUUAGCUCGUACUGAUUCUGAUUCUGCUAGUCCAUCUGCGUCCAAUCCUAUACUUCGGCUGAUGGGAAAGAACUUAAUGGUGGUCAACAAAGAUGAAGAUACUUCAGUACCACUUGGAGGGGUCCAACCUCGUGUUCAGAAUAGCCAUCAAAACUCUCCAUUUCUGGCCUUUUCCAGAGUCUAUCCUGGCAAUAUCGAGAAUCAGGACUGCCAUCCCUUACGUCAUAUGGGGCCCCAAGCUUCUGUCAUCUUUGGUCAGAACUCUCAUAAAGUAGAUCAAUGCUUUGAUGGGGGGUUGUCGAAUAGUUAUAGAAGCCAAUCUGAUUCUCAAUUACCUGUACAUGCUCGACUACCAGCAGGCAUGUUUCAAGUCCAGCUUACAGAUUGCAGUUUUGCGUCAUCCAGGGAGUUUCACGAGUACAAAGGUGAUUGCAACAUUUCAAGCCGACAUAGUAGGAUAAAGAACAGGUUAAAUGUAUCACCCACAGAUAAUAUGGAGACAGUUAUAGCAACUGCUGACUGCCAUUAUCAGCAUACUGAUUCCUCCACAAAUCCAGUAAAAGAAAUCAUCAUUGUUGAUGAUGUUCCUGAAAGUGAAAAUGUUGUGAAGUAUACUGAACCUGGGAGGGAAAACCAGGUAGUUGCUUCUGGAAUCCCGAUUCCGGUGGCUCCAAAUUAUAACCCAACUCGUGCACAUCCUUUUUCAUGUUAUCAGUCACAGGAACAUUCUGUCCUUGGCGAAUCACCUAUUGUGCGUAAUGCCAGCUUUCAUGCAACCCCUGCAAAGCUAGGCAACUCAUGUCCCGUUAGGUGGGGUUGUACUUCAGAAGGUUCAGUUGUGUUGCAGCGGAGCCCUUUUGCAGCUGCAUCAUCCUCACCUGGUCAUCUAAGAUCUACAGCACUGCAUUAUUCUCCAGGCUUUUCAUAGUCAAGGUACUUUGGCUUGCAUGGCCAUUUCUGCAAAGAUUGUGGUUUACUAGGUUGCUCAUCAAUCAAACUUGUGUUGGACUUGAGCUGCUACCUCAGAAUACAAGAUGCCAGAAACUUUCAGUGUUUAAAAAUGACUAGCAGAAAUAAUGGCAGUUUGAUCGAAGAUGCCCUGCAUGAGCAAAGCAGUUGGGAACUCAGAGAAAAGUUUGUAUUAAUUUCUGAUGUACUGAAUGUCGAGUCUCAUUUUAAGCAGUUUUUUUGGGGUUCUGCUUGGGCAAUGUCAAAGUUUCCUCAAGACUAGAUAAUGUAUAAGCAAUCGUUGAAUAAUAGUUGAUAAGGAACCUUGGCUGGAAGACAAAGAAGUCAAAUGUUCCUAUAAAGUUCUCACCCUUAUUUUCCUUUUUAUUUUAUGUCAUUUUUCCCAUAUAGCUUUCAUCUGAGCUAAAGUCAGGUGUUCCUAUAAAGAAAUUCUCACCUUUUUCUUUUUUA